CCCCGGAUUGUCCAUUCCCCGCGCCAUGCAACCCCGGGACCUGCUAGUCUUGGCCGGCGCCCUGCUAUCCUUGUACUACGCCACUGCCAAGGAAUUCUCCCCGCCGACCCCGCGGGUGCAGCUCUCCUUCAGAGAGCUGAAAGCCUCCAAUACAGCGCACUUCCUGAACUUCCUUCUGAACACGACCGAUUAUCGGAUUCUGCUGAAAGAUGAAGAUCACGACCGGAUGUACGUGGGGAGCAAAGACUACAUCUUGUCUCUGGAUCUGCAGGACAUCAACCGAGAGCCGCUCAUAAUUCACUGGCCUGCAAAGCAGCAAAGAAUAGAGGAAUGCGUUCUGGCCGGGAAAGACAGCACUAACGAAUGUGGAAACUUCAUCCGUUUGAUACAACCCUGGAACAGGACUCACCUCUACACCUGUGGGACGGGAGCGUACAACCCCGUGUGCACGUACAUCAACCGCGGACGCAAAGCGCAGGCCUCAGAGCACAUGGCGCUUCCCGGAGGACGAGGGAGCAGAGCAGCAGAUUUCCCGCCCAGCCCAGCACCAGCAGAACACAAGGAUUAUAUCUUCUACCUGGAUCCCGAUCGUGUGGAGUCAGGCAAAGGCAAAUGUGCUUACGACCCCAAACUGGAUAGCGUGUCGGCGCUCAUCAAUGAGGAACUCUACUCCGGUGUCUACAUCGACUUUAUGGGCACAGAUGCGGCCAUUUUCAGAGCGAUGGGCAAGAAGGCGGCCAUGAGGACCGACCAGUAUAACUCCCGCUGGCUUAAUGACCCGGCUUUUGUCCAUGUACAGCUGAUUCCGGAGAGCGCCGAGCGAAAUGAUGACAAAUUGUAUUUCUUCUUCCGGGAAAAGUCUACGGAUGCUCCUCACAGCCCCACCAUCCAUUCCCGCAUUGGGCGCGUCUGCUUGAAUGACGACGGUGGUCACUGCUGUCUGGUGAACAAAUGGAGCACGUUCCUGAAAGCCCGGCUCAUUUGCUCGGUGCCCGGUGCGGACGGAAUAGAGACACAUUUCGAUGAAUUGCAGGACGUCUUCAUCCAGCAGACACAGGACAGUAAGAAUCCGGUCAUCUAUGCCGUCUUUUCGAGUUCUGGCUCCGUGUUUAAGGGAUCGGCGGUGUGUGUGUAUUCCAUGGCCGACAUCCGGAUGGUGUUCAAUGGGCCCUUUGCUCACAAGGAGGGCCCCAACUAUCAGUGGAUACCGUAUACAGGGAAGAUCCCCUACCCCCGCCCUGGCACGUGUCCAGGAGGCACUUUCACACCUUCCAUGAAAUCCACCAAAGACUACCCUGACGAAGUCAUCAACUUCAUGCGGACCCACCCGGUCAUGUACAACCCCGUGUACCCCGUGCACCGGCAGCCGCUGCUUGUGCGAACGAACGUCAACUACAGAUUCACCACCAUCGCGGUGGACCAGGUGGACGCGGCGGACGGGAGAUACGAGGUUCUCUUUUUAGGAACAGAUCUGGGUACAGUGCAGAAGGUGAUUGUCCUGCCGAAGGACGACCUGGAGACGGAAGAGCUGAUCCUGGAAGAGGUGGAAGUGUUUAAGGAACCAAAACCAAUAAGAUCCAUGAAAAUUUCUUCGAAACGGCAACAGCUCUAUGUGUCAUCCGAGUCCGGCGUGACGCACCUGGCCCUCCAUCGCUGCGACGUCUACGGAGAAGCUUGCGCCGAUUGUUGCCUCGCCAGAGACCCGUACUGCGCCUGGGAUGGGAAGACGUGCUCCCGCUAUUCAGCAUCCUCCAAGCGGUACGCAGAGGGACGAAGCCGCCGUCAGGAUGUCAGACAUGGAAACCCCAUAAGGCAGUGCAGAGGGUACAAUUCCAAUGCCAAUAAGAAUGGGAUGGAUUCGGCACAGUAUGGAGUGGAAGGUAGUUCUGCCUUCCUGGAAUGUCAACCACGCUCACCCCAGGCCAUCGUAAAAUGGAUCUUCCAGAAAGACAACUCGGACCGAAAGAAAGAGUUGCGAUCGGAAGGACGCUUCUUGAAGACCGACCAGGGUCUACUCAUCCGCUCCCUCCAGCUCUCCGACACCGGCGUAUACCACUGCACGGCUACCGAGAACAGCUUCAAACACACGGUCAUAAGAGUGCGGCUCCAUGUCCUCAGCAGCGAGGCCGUGACGGCAGCUCUUCUUCACUCGGACAAUCCCUCUGCCCUGGCGUCCCACCCCGCCGGGCCACCGGGCGCUUACGACGAGUUAGUGCAACUUCUCUCCCAGCCAGAGAUGGGACUCAUCAACCAGUACUGCCAGGGAUACUGGCGCCCCUCCGGGUCCGCCCUCAGCGAAGCAAAAGACCUUCAGGAUCAGAAACGAGCGAGGAACCGAAGGAACCACCCACCCACAGAGGAGCUACAGACAUGAGAACCCCCCCUUGGCAAAUUGGGACUUCCUUUCUACCAUUCCCUUACUUCCAAAACACAUCGCAUCUCCUUCAGACUAACCCCUAUUUUAUUUUCACCUGAACCUUUUUUUUGUUUUUAUCAAGGAGAAAAAAAACUAUAAAUAUAUAAAUAUAAAUUUAUAUAUAAAUAUAUAUAUAAGGAAAGAUGGAGAGGUUGCCUUUUCACGGGUCUCUCAGACUUUAUUUAUUGGGAGGCGCGGAAAUGCCCAGUUUUGGAGAAGACGAGGACUGACUUCUCCGGGGGGUAUUUGCUAUUCUUCAAAUUUCUCUCUUGUAUACUGUAUCCCAAGUCCGAGAGCUCAUUACCCCAUCCCCCGAUGGAUUGACCGGCCUGCAGAACAUCUCCGCUUCCAUACUCUGCUGCGCACUGCACCUUUUACUACCCACUUCGGACUGAAUGACCAGCGGUGUGACCGCUGCAGAGCAUCGCCUAUAACUACUGCAUAGCGUGCUGACCACCAUCACCACUGCUCUGCAGGACAUUCCUUAAAAAAAAAAAAAAAAAUUGCUGACAAACAUUCUGUGGUUAGAUCAUGACCCCGCCUGGUGAGUUUUACCACGCCCCUUUUUACGCGGUAGAAAGUUGCGUCUGUUUUUCUGUACAUAAAUUCCCGAACUAGACGGAAUAUCUGACAGCACUGCGAA